UCACCAGUUAAGCUUGGUACCUGGUUGAUUCAUAACCCUUACAGGUACAUUUUGAUGAGCACAGCUUAUACUGUAUCUGUCCUCAGUCACCGUUCUAUCUUAUAUUGCCUUUGAUAAUCCACUUUGAGAAAAAAUAUUUCAGCUUCUGGACCAGAAUUAUGGCUCAUCAUAGAAAAUCAUCAUCGCCGAGGAAAAUGGUCAAGAAGUCUCUUAUUGCUGGGAUGGUGGUCUUGCUUGUGGCUGCAUUGGGCUUUUUCCUGGGAGUAUUUUUGGGGAUCAGGAACACAAGACUCAUCCCUUCCUCUAACCAUUUCUACUCCAAAGCGGCCGUGGCGGCAGACGCCGGGAAGUGUUCUGAGGUCGGAAGGGACAUCUUGAAAAGGAACGGAUCAGCGGUCGACGCUUCUAUUGCAGCUUUGUUGUGUGUCGGGCUGUUCAAUGCACACAGUAUGGGUAUCGGAGGAGGGCUGUUCUUCACCAUAUAUAAUGCAUCGACAGGAAAGGUGGAGACAAUUGAUGCCAGAGAAACUGCUCCCAUGAACUCAACAGAGAACAUGUUUGGCAAUAACACUCAGCUGUCGCGGAAAGGAGGAUUGUCUAUAGCCAUACCAGGAGAAAUUCGGGGUUACGAGAUGGCACACAACAGACACGGGAAACUGCCGUGGAGGGAACUGUUUCAGCCCAGUAUAGCGUUGGCACGCAAUGGUUUCCCAAUCGGCAGAGCUUUGGCCAAUGCCAUUGCAAAGAACAAGGAAUCAAUUCUGGGGGAUGAGUCAAUGUGUGAAGUUUUUUGUGACAAAAACAAAAAUCUCCUGAAGGAAAAUGAUAUUAUUCGUUUCCCCGUACUCGCUGACACCUAUGAGAGAAUAGCAGAAGAAGGGCCGGAUGUUUUUUACAACGGGACAAUGGCCAAGAACAUAGCAGAUGAUAUCCAGGCUGCAGGAGGGAUCAUAACACUCGAGGACCUCAUGGAAUAUAAGCCAGUGUUGAAUGAGAGCCCAUUGAAAGUAAACGUGGGCGAGUAUACCAUCUACGUUCCCGACGCACCAUCCAGUGGGCCUGUGCUCGCGCUCAUUCUCAACAUAGUGGAUGGGUACAACUUCUCAGACAGAAGUGUUUCCACAGCGGAGACGAAAACUUUGACAUAUCAUCGAAUCGUAGAAGCGUUUCGAUUUGCUUACGCCAAGAGGAGUAAACUAGGAGACCCACGUUACCUCAACAUCACUGACCUCAUCCAAAACAUGACCUCCGACUACUUUGCAGACAACAUCAGGAGCAGGAUCACAGAUGACACCACUCAUCCGGACACCUACUACGAUCCUGAGUACUUUGUACCUGAUGACUCUGGCACGGCUCAUGUGUCAGUCAUAGCGGAAGAUGGGAGCGCUGUGGCAGCCACCAGCACUAUCAACCUCUAUUUUGGGUCUAAAGUGAUGUCACGCUCAACUGGCAUUAUUUUUAAUGACGAGAUGGACGACUUCAGCUCUCCUUAUAUUACCAAUGGCUUUGGGAUUCCUCCUUCACCCAACAACUUCAUUCAGCCAGGUAAAAGACCCCUUUCCUCGAUGUGUCCCACGAUAAUAUUUGACAAACACAACAGAGUCAAAAUGGUGGUCGGGGCUUCAGGUGGGACGAAAAUCACCACGGCAACAGCUUUGGUGAUUUUGAACUACCUUUUCUUCAACUAUGAUUUAAAGAAAGCCAUCACAGAGCCCAGGGUUCACAAUCAGCUUAAACCAAACAUGACUGUGGUGGAGCAGAACUUUGAGCAGAGCGUUCUUGAUGGUUUGGCUCAGAAGAAUCACAAUACAGAACUUCAGGUGACUCCAGGAGCAGUGGUCCAGGCGGUUGUACGUCAAGGGGACAAAAUCUGUGCUGAAAGUGACCCCAGAAAAGGCGGCUAUCCUGCAGGAUACUGAAUGUGCUUUUCACUAUCUGUCGAUCUUUGGUGAUUCAGUCAAGAGGAACACCAAAAUAAGCAAAUUCAGAGGUGUAUUGUACAUCUAUGAAUAGAAAGUUCACCUAAAGUGAAGACUCUUUGAUUAUUCUUUACCAUUGCGCACUGUGUGGAAUACUACAUACUGUAUGUUGGCAAAAGAUGACAUAUUGAUUAUUCCAUUUUUUUAUGAACUAUAGUCAUUUAAGCUCAAUGAUCAACAGACGACAAUGCACAAAUACUCCCUGUAUUUAUUUACGAAAAAAAUGUGAAGAAUGUUUGUUUCACAUUGGCAUAAAUAGUGCCUGAUUCUUACUGAAUGGUACUAAAUGUCCAUUAUUUUACCAGCCUUAUUUAUUGCUUUUGUGUGUAGAGACGAUGUGAGAUUGACUACUGUAAGUGUAUAGAAGAUGUUGGGUACCUGUAUUAUAUCAGUUUUCAUUGUACAGGUUUUUAUUGUAAAAUAAUGUUGACACAGUCAUUUAUUAUGGCCGUUCCAAAACAAUGUGUAAGUUCAAAUAAAAAAUGCCCAACAGCCACAGGUUUAGUUUUGAAAAUUGCAUAUUUUUAAUGUAAUACUUGAAUAACAUUAUAUUGAUGUAGUGGGGCUGUAUUUUUCUCAUGGCAGGUAUAUACAAGAAAAAAUAAGAAUGUGUAGAACAUUCUGUCAUAAUUCUAUCAAGGUGAAUGUUUCACUAAUAUGUGUAUGAGAUGUCAAUAAAGAAAAAUAGAGAGACAACCAUCAUAAUAAUUGUAUAAAUAGGAAGCUGGAUGUCUUAUGAUUCUUAUGAAAUCAUUCUUAUGAUUUUUGACACUUGAGCCAUUCAUAAUAAAAUGCUGCAAUAACAGUAUC